AUGGCUGGCUCGGGCUUUUGUCGCAUCCAAUGGAGUCGGCGGCUCUCGUUGGCCGCGGCUUGCUUGGCCACACUGUUGGUGCUCGCGUGUCUUGCCUCAGCCUUCAUCCUGCCGCCUUCGUCCGCGGGUCCUGCAGAAGCGUUGGUGCCAGCUCACGCGCCAUCCGCGGCAGCGCGGCCGUCGAGGCGACCUCCGCUGCACUUCUGCACCUCGGCGCAGUGCCAACAGGAAGGACAGCGGCUGAAUAGUUCGAUCGCGCGGGACCAAAACCCAUGCCACGACCCGUACCGCUACGCAUGUGGACACGCAGCGCACAGCCAAGUGGCAGACUUACGAAGGGGAGAUGAGCGUCGCCUCAGCGCGCUGCUGUCCUCGACGGUGGUGCCGCGGAACAGGCAGACCGUGGCCGAGAAAGCAGCCGCCCUCUACCAAGGCUGCCUCAAUACAGAGCUGCUGACGGCGCAGAGCCGCGACGCCUGGUGGUCGGUGGCGCAACGUUUGGGUGUGUCCCAGUUUCCACUGCCGCUGGACAAGGAGCCCCCCGUAGCUCCUGAACAGCUAGCGGGACACCUGCUGCGGCAUCUCGGCCUGGGACCCCUGAUCAACCUUCGGCUGGCCGCCCCGCCGGGGAACCGCUCGGCAGUUGCCAUAUAUGUGCACCCUCCUCCGGCGGCUGCCAGCUGGCACUGGAACGGGACAGCGUCGGCGCUGCAGGCGCUCACCCAGCGGUCUCCGGACGGCCAGCUGGUGCGGGCCCUGGUUGAGCUGGACCGCACCGUGGCGCGCGUCGCGGUCAAGGCCACCCCUCCAGUGGCCACCUACGUGCCGCGCUACCACACCGUGCGCAUCUUCAGCCUUCCACAACACGCUAAGUGGCGCUGGCGGGAGGUGUUCUCGGCCCUCCUAGAGGACCUGGCGGCACCCCAGACAGUGAGCGUGGUUCUCACGGCGCCAGGCUACACAGAGGAGGCAGCGCCGCUGCUGGCUGACGCCGGGCCAGCGGCGGUGUACAACUACCUAGCCUGGCGGCUGGCGCUCGAGCUGGCCCCGCUUCUACCCGUGCUGCCGGCCUCAGUCGCACUGGGCGGCGCACAGCAACGCACGGAACGGCGCUGCCUUCGCGAGCUGCGAGCCCUCAUGGAACACGCAGCCACUGCGCUGCUUGCGCCCCAGCUGGGACCACAGGCCCGUACGGCGGCGCGCGACGUGCUGGCGUCGGCAACGGACCAGCUGAAGCGCCAGCUGGUGGACUACAUGUGGAUCGCCGAGCCGGUGAGCCAGCGUGCCGUGCAGAAGCUGAACGCGCUGCAGGCGCACCUCUUGUACCCGCCUUUCGUUGAGGACAAAAUGGUGCUCGAGCAGAUCUACAGGCAGGUGCCCGACGUGGGUGGCGGCGACGGUCCCGUGCUGCUUGACUGGUUCCGCGCACGAUCCGCAGUGAUGCUCAAGCGAUGGAAGGCGCUCGCUGGCAAAGGACUGCCCCCACUGUGGGACGUACCAUACAUGGAGCCUGCCAUCCACUACAUGGCCGACUCGAAUGAGCUAGUGGUGCCAGUGGGAGUGCUCCGGGAGCCCAUCUACUCGGCGCCUGGAAACUCUCUGCCUUUGGACUUCGCGCGUUUCGGGUUUCAGCUGGCUCGCCAACUUGCGCAGGCCGUGCUGUACCGAGGUGCCUUCCACGACGAGUCCGGUGCCCUAAGCUUCUGGUGGGAACGCAGCAGCUUCGUGCGGCUGCGUCAUGCCGAGCACUGUCUGGCACGUCACCACGCAGCCGACCCGGCAGAGGCUGUGCUUGACCAGGUGGCGUUGCAAGCGGCUUAUGCAGGCUUAUGUGCCGAGGGAGAUGAAAGGCCGAGGGCCAGGGACAGGGUGAACCUGGCGCUUCGCGAGUGGGCGCCAUUUCGCCAGGCUUUUGGCUGCCCCGAAGAGAGGCACCCGUGCGGCCUGUGGUAG